CGGAUCGCCUCAGAGAGAAGCCACGACUUCUGGAGCAGGAUGUCUGAACGGCCGGGCCCUCCGGCCGUGAUCUUGUGCCAAGCGGACUCCCCGAAGCGUGUCCUGGUCUCGGUCAUCAAGACUACCCCGGUCAAGCCGUCCUGUGGAGGCAGCGAGGAUCCCGCCCGUGGGCCGCCGCCUCCGCCGCCCAUCCCCACCAGCCCGGGCUUCAGCGAAUUCAUGGUCUACCCCUGGCGCUGGGGGGAGAACGCUCACAACGAUGGGAUUAGACGUGGUCGUCCAAGAGCAGACACAGUCCGAGAUCUAAUAAAUGAGGGAGAGCACUCUUCUAGCAGGAUACGCUGUAACGUUUGCAACAGAGUCUUCCCACGAGAGAAGUCUUUACAGGCCCACAAAAGAACUCACACUGGUGAAAGGCCUUAUUUGUGUGACUAUCCAGAGUGUGGAAAAGCCUUUGUUCAGAGUGGGCAACUUAAGACACACCAGCGUCUACAUACAGGAGAAAAACCUUUUGUCUGUGCAGAAAAUGGAUGUGUCAGCAGAUUUACACAUGCAAAUCGCCAUUGUUCCAAGCAUCCCUAUGCAAAGCUGAGACGAGAAGAGCCUACAGAUGGACUAAAUAAAACACAAACUGCAGACAACAAAGCUGUUGCUGAAUGGUUGACAAAGUAUUGGGAAAUGAGAGAACAGCGGACUCCUACAUUGAAAAGUAAAGCUACUCAUAAGCCUGAUCAGGAGCAGCAAGAUCCAAUGGAAUAUCUUCAGUCUGAAGAUGAUGAGGAUGAGGAAAAGUUUGCUGCCCAUUUAACCCCCUAUAGCCGCCUUCAAGAACAGCGUGAACGCUUGCACGGGGCACUGGCACUCAUUGAGCUGGCAAACUUAUCUGGAGCCCCACUGCGGCAGUAGUCAUAGAAAAUUGGACCUGCUGAUAAUGAAAAUGUACUGCAUUUUGGUACUUAAACCAGUUAGCUUCUGGGCAUAAGCUAAGCACCUUAUUUGCUUCUAUAGGCUGCUAUAAAGUAGAUCUUAUGAAGAAUGUUGUUACCUCAGAAAAUGGGGUGAGAGAAUUGCACUUUUUUGUAUGGAAAAAGAAAUGUAAAGCUUUUAAAGUAUUUUGUAAAUAGGGGAUUGUAAUGCAGAGUGAGAAAUGUUCAUAUAUUAGAAAGAUAGAUUUGCAAGGUUAGGACUGUGCUUUUAAUCACAGGUACAUGGAAGUAACUCACUGUAAUCAGUCAGAGGUAUCUCUGUGUAAAAGUGUUUAAAAUUAGCAUGCCAGUCAUUCUUUGAAUCAGUUCUCACAGGAAGCACUUUCUGAACUCAUUAGUUGGAAUGAUGGUACACGUGUUCAAAGAAAAGUUGGAUUAACUAGUGAUGCAUCCGUGCUUUUCAAACAUCAAUAUUUUUUUCUAGUAACAUUGACAGAUGCUAGAAUACCUGUCUUAACCUUGUAGCAGUAUAGAGAAGUUGGGUUAUGUUUUGGUUCAGGAUCUUCACUGUGACUGCUGACACAGAGACUGACUUUGCUUUUGUGGUCUGAGAUCUCAGCAGUCUCUUGUUUGAGUAGCACUUGUUGUUCUUAAUAGAAUAUUGGGAACGUUUGCACAUUGUUGGACUUGCCGAUAGCUGAGUGAUUAGUCUUGCAAAAUUUAGGCACCAUAUUAACAACACAUAAGGUAUGGAUUUCUUUUAGAUUUCUUAGACCCUGUAACUAUGGCAUUUACUUUUUGCUCAUAGAGAUAUUUACAGGACCAUUUUGUUUUCUGAUAAAGUAUAUUACAAGAUUCAUUUAGCAAACACUAAAGCAUUGCUUCAGAAGUUUUUCUUGCAGAUAGAUUUUUUUUAUGUAACACCAUAUUGCUUUAUUUGAAACAUACAUGCCAAGGUUGUGUUCACUAACUAUAGCUCAGUCAUUGAUAAAAUGGCAAAAUAUUUGCUGUGUAAUUAGGAAAAUAUACUUCCAGCAGUAGUUGCAAGUGUGAGAUUUAGGAAUUAGCAUUCUUUCCCUGAAUGAGGUUAGAGAAUAGCACUUAGUCUUCUUGAGCACUGAAAAUACAAAUUUAGCAAGACACCAUGUUGUUCUUAAUAGUUUUAAGUAUUUUAUCAUGUGCCAUGCAUGUGCCGUGAUAACUGUCUGAGCAAAAUGACUAGACAGUAAUAUGAUUUCAUAAAGUAAAGGCUACUGAUUGAAAGCAUAUGAACAAUCUCCAUUCAGUAGGGCUCUCAACUCUUUGAGAGGAGGGUUGGACACGGCAGCUCUUGCAGAUGGAAUAUCUAAAUUUACACCUAUGCCUAUAGCAUCAGCUUCCUUUUGGUAUACCUUUCUAAUUAUGUAUUAAUGUUGGCAAACAAGUAGAAAGCAGUUACAAAUUUGAAUCGGAAUUGUCACAUUUCGGCUUGUUAACCUCAAAUGUUUAUUAGCACCUGUCUCCUUAAUGUGCUUCAACUUGGGCCUUUUCACUACAUAAAAAUCUAUUUGAAAUCCUAAGAAAAUAAACUUAAGAACUCUCAAGUAACAGCUUCUGUGCUUUCUGUAACAGCAGUAUGGAAAGACAUUUGCACUUCCUGGAAUCCAGUUGAUAAACCCUAGUAGAAACGAAUUUUGGAGCAUAUCACCUAGUUAUGAGAACAAGGUCUAACUUGUUGAUGCACACAAAUUCCCUCCCUUGUUCAGUGUAUUAUUUACCUGAAUACAUAAUAUGUAUUAAAUACAUAAAUAUUUAAUCAAAAUAUCUUCUGCCUAGCUGUAGGCAAGUCAAGCUGCUUUACCAAUUAUGUAUAAAAUACAUCUUUGGAAUAACUCUGACCAUUUGCGGAAAAUAUUUUGUUUUUAAACAUGGUAGUUCAAGAAUUCUCUGCUUCAUUGAUUAAGCUGUACUUUUGGCAUGAGUUAAAAUGCUGUAAUUCUAAUAAGCUUGAAAUAAAAAGUUGCCUGAA